AUGUCUGGCCCGUCCAGUUCUGCGUCGCCUGCUCGCCCCCACAAACGUGCCAGACACAGCGCCGGACCGGACUCUCCAGGUCCGAGUCUCGCAGACGUCGAGCGCGACCCGGAAUUUUGGCUUGAAGACGGCAACAUCGUCGUCAUCGCCCAGAACACUGCGUUUCGUGUGCACAGGGGCGUGCUCGGGCGCCGCUCCGAGGUGUUCAGCGGGCUUUUCGCGGUGCCGCAGCCGGAAAAUGAGGCCGACGUCGAGCAGCUUGGCGGCGCCUACGUGAUGGACAACGGACCCGUGAAGUUCAGCUUGCUCGCUGCCCUCCUUCGCCUGAGCCACAAGUACGAAGUCAACCACAUCCAGGAAGCAGCGCUGCGGCGGCUCAAGCCCGCCUUCCCCGACAACUUCGCCGCUUGGAAAACAUACGAGUCGCCGUCGCUCGAGUUCUGGCCUGAUACGCACCAGGCGCGAACGGCCGCCUCCCAAGUGGACAUGGCCCCCGGAGAACCGAUCGAGGCGGCGAACCUUCUCCGUCGGUGUGGGUACGACGGCAUGUUGCCCGUUGCGCUGCACAUGUGCGCGACGCUCGACAUACACGUCCUCCUGCACGGGGCGGCGCGGGCGGACGGGACGCGCGAGACGCUUGCCGUAGACGACUUGGAGCGGUGCCUCGUCGCGCGCGGGACGCUCGAGGGACGCAGCGCGGAGUUCCUCCAUCGUAUGCUGGACUUUGAGCCCGCAGAAGGCGGCAGCUUCUCGGGUGGCAUGCACAGAGAGUGCGCCGGGCGCAUCCGUAGGGCGUGGACGGCGACGGUGCGCUACCUCAAGGACCUUGAAUGCGAGAGCGAGGUCACGAGGCGCGCGUUUCUCAUGGAGGUCCUCAGCGAGGCGGAGGAUGAUGUGAAAGCCUGUAACGUCUGCCUUGACUAUGUGUCGUCAGACGAGCGGGAGUUGAGCCAGGAGCUGUGGAAUGAUCUCCCUACGAUCAUGGGCCUCCAGGUCCCAACAUGGCCGCCUACCUCGGACGUUGCUUCGUAG